UCUGGCAAGAAUGUGAUGACGUCAUAUGUCAACACACACACUAACACGUGUUGUCAGCUGGUCGCCAGUUUUGGCCUGAAGGUGACCUGGGAAGGGUUUCAAACAUCUAUCAAGAUAAACAAGUUUCUGGCUUCAGGGCCCUUAGUAAAACUAACUGAGAUGCUGAACCAGAUUUGUAAAUGCACUCAAUUUAUAUUAAGGAAUGGCACACAAUCUUUGUGCAGUGCCCAGAACUUCAACCUAAGUCGUCUUUCUACCAAGAUCAUUAACUACAAAAUCACAAGGGCCAUGUCUCAGUCAAAGGUUGUAGUAGAGGCUGCAGAAAAGAAUAAAGAGCCCAUCUUAAAAGUGUUGGAAGACGUCAUACCAGAGAAGCUUGGCGCAGGCUCUCCUCCGUUAUCGGCAUUGGAAGUUGCCUCUGGAAGUGGUCAGCAUGUGGUUUAUUUUGCCAACAAAUUUAAGAACAUAACAUGGCAGCCGUCUGAUAUGGAUGAAAAGUAUAUUGAAAGCAUUAAGGAAUAUAUUGCCGAUGAAAAGUUGGAAAAUGUAAAGAAUCCAUUAGCAAUUGAUGUAACAAAGCCGAUCAGUGAAUGGCCGGGAGCUUUUGCUGAGAAGUCUCUGGACUUGAUUAUGAACAUCAAUAUGGUCCAUAUCACACCCUGGGUGUGCACUGAAGGCUUGUUUGCUUCUGCGGGAAAGCUGCUUAAAACCAGUGGCAUUAUGAUUACUUAUGGACCUUAUGCCAUACAUGGAGAGAUUACUCCUGAGAGCAAUGUUUCUUUUAAUGCUUCUUUGAAGAAACAAAAUGAAGCAUGGGGUCUUAGAGAUGUUGAUGAUCUGGAAAAGGAAGCCAAGAAGAAUGGCAUGACAUUUGAUGCCAUGUUCAACAUGCCAGCUAACAACAAGAUCCUUGUGUGGCUAAAAAUUUAAUAGACAAACUAGGGUACUGCAUUUUAUCCACCUUGAAGAGUAUUAAUGCAAUGGUCUCUUUAAUUCUUAGUAACUUCCAUGCAAUUGAGGACCAAGGCAUUUUUUAAAUGUGACUCAAUAACUUUGAAAAACUUAAUUUCUAAUGUGGCCACAUAGCUUUUGCUGCAAGUCAUGUUUGAGAACAAUAUAUAGUAAAAUAUGCCUAUAAUGAUUGGUAAACUUGACUAAUAUUUAAACAAUAGUGUACAUAUUUUUGUUAAAUUGACUGUAACUGUAAUGAGAAUUCAUUGCUAAAAAUUGAUUUUAUUUUUUGAGCAUGUUUUACUAUCAUUGUUUUAGCCUAAUAAGCAUUGUUUUUCUUAAAAUUACAGUACUCCAUAUAUAUACAUACAGUAUACCAAAGAAUAUUUUUUGCCUAAACCAAUAUACAAUACUUGUAAAACCAUUUCCAUGUUCAAACUGGUUAAUAUGCUUUUACAAUGGGGUAAUUGAAUUCCAUCUCCACUAUGCACUUCAGAUUUUCCUGAUAAUCCUGGAAAGAAGACUGUAUGAGGGAUUUAAUGACCUGUUCGGUGAAAUUGGAUAAGCCUUGGGUUAAGAGUUGGAAUUCGCUCAUGGGAAGUGGAGCUUCUAUGAAGUAGUAUUAAUUUUCAUUGAGCAACAUGUGUUCAUAUAGUUUAUAUUUUUGCACAGGAAUGUACUUCUCAUCAAUAUUUUAAUGUUACGGGGUAUGUAGGUGUGAAAAUAACAUAUUUCUAAUUCUUGAAGGUUUAUUCUGGCAUUGGUGCCUUAAUGUUUUAAUUGGUGCUUUAUCAGGGAAAUAAAUAUAUAGCCAUAGGACACAUUUGGAAAAUGGGUUUAUAUAUAUAUAUAUAUAUAUAUAUAUAUAUAUAUAUAUAUAUACA